AUGUCACAAUCCUCGCACUUUCCAGGCAGCAACCUCAAUCCCCACACUGGGCGGAAAGCGAUUAUCGCCAUGGGGGCUCUCAUUUUGGGAUAUACAUCAUUCUAUCUAUACCUCGACAGGAGGGACCGUAAACGAAUCGAGCAAGGACGACUUGCCCUAUACGAGGAAACUAUAGCUCGUUCCAAGGAGAACCACGGCGGGUACCCUUUACGCGCCACUGCCACUGCCCGUGACAGUUCCCCACCUGCUCUUCCUGCACGCGAGCAUGACGCACACCAUGUCACGACGGACCACCCCCAAGCCGGCUCGUAUCGCGCCAGUGGCCAGCCCACGCCACAGAAUCCUAAAAGCGAUGGCAGUGGACACGCCUAUACGAAGUCUCCAGAUUAUGUCAAGAGUUAUGAAAAGAUCGCUAAGUUCCAGGAAGGCGAUGCUGGGAAAAAGAUGUGA